UUCCGGCAUAUCACACCGCUAUAUUCAGUUUUUUUUAUCAGCUACAUCAGACCCGCCAUCCAGCAUUUCCUCCACUGCACAUUGCCGGUUGCCAGUUCUUCUCUGAGGAUGAAAGGAGCUAAAUUAGCGGUGGUUUUGAGCCUGUUUUUGGCGCUCGUCCUCCUUACUGGGGCAGCGCGGAGCAGGAAAGACUCGAGCACCCAGAACAGCUUCAGGAGGGCGGCCAGCGGCUUCUACCAGACCCUCAGCAAUGUCUUCGGGGAGGAGAACAUCAGGGCCCUCUACAAGUUCUUCUCAAAAACUACCGAGAGGUUUGUUCAUGGAGUCGAUUCAUUAUUGGACACUUUGUGGAAACUGUGGGUGGAUCUGCUGGACGUUAUGGGCAUUGACUCCUCUAACCUGACGCACUACUUCAGCCCAUCAUCCGUGUCCAGCUCUCCCGCUCGGGCUCUUCUUCUAGUGGCAGCCCUCCUGGUGGCCUACUGGUUCCUUUCCCUGUUCCUGAGCGGCUUCUUUUACAUCCUCCACGCAGUGUUCGGCCGAUUCUUCUGGCUGGCCCGCGUCACCCUUUUCGCCCUCUCCUGCCUGUACAUUCUGCAGAAAUUCGAGGGCGAUCCAGAAAAGGCAGUGCUGCCGCUGUGCUUCAUCAUGGCCGUGUAUUUCAUGACGGGGCCGGUCGGAGCGUACUGGAGGAAAGGAGGAGGAUCUGGAACUCUGGAGGAGAAGAUCGACCAGCUCGACACCCAGAUCCGCCUCCUCAACAUCCGCCUGAGCAGAGUGAUUGAAACCCUAGAGCGCUCCAGCGACCAAUGAAGAGAUCUUCACCAAAGGCUCAGAGCUGGGGUUUGUGGCUUGAGUUGAGAAGAAACAAACAAAAAAAUGUUGUUUUUGUUAUUUCUUUCCACCGAAUUUUUCUCAGGAUGUCCCCCCUGACGAGAAUCGUACGUGACGUGUGGAAAUUUGAUUCAUUCUCCAUUAGAGGAUUGAUUUUAUUCGCCCUGUUGUCGUAGAGUGUAUUACUAGUGUCCACUUCUACUGUAGCCGCCCAUUUCUUUUUAAUUUUGAGUAAAUAUCAGGACUUUUUUGUA